UAUUUCCCCCUGCUUGAUAAGCGCCUCAGUGCGCAUGUGUGGAAGUGUCGGCGGAGCGCGAGCGCAGAACGGAGCGGAGAAUGGAGAUAACACGACAAAAUUUUAAGGAGAGUCUGAGCACCGUGUACAGCGCUGUGGAGGAGGCAGACUUUCUAGCCAUUGAUGGAGAAUUUUCAGGAAUCAGUGACGGCCCCUCGGUCAGCGCUCUGACCAAUGGCAUGGACACGCCUGAGGAGCGCUAUGGGAAGCUCAGGAAGCACUCCAUGGACUUCCUGCUCUUUCAGUUCGGCCUCUGCACGUUCAGAUAUGACCAGACUCAGGCCAAGUAUCUUACGAAGUCUUUUAAUUUUUAUAUUUUCCCGAAGCCGUUCAGCAGAACAUCCCCAGAUAUUAAAUUCAUCUGUCAGAGCUCCAGUAUAGAUUUUCUGGCCAGUCAGGGCUUUGACUUCAACAAAGUGUUCCGCAGCGGGAUCCCGUAUCUGAAUCAGGAGGAGGAGUCUCAGCUGAGGGAGCAGUACGAGGAGAAGAGGAACCAGAUGAACGGAUCUGGAACCCCGUCCUACAUCUCCCCGUCCUCCGGUAAAGCGGCGGUGAACGUCCCGGACGAACACAAGGACUUCAUCAGCAGAGUCGUGGAGAAGGUGGAGGCUCUGCUGAGUAACUCUGAGAAGACUGUGGAUCUGGAGCCGUGCUCUGGGUUCCAGAGGAAGCUGAUCUAUCAGACUCUGAACUGGAAGUUCCCCAAAGGUCUCCAUAUAGAAACGGUAGAAACUGAGAAGAAGGAGCGUUUUAUCCAGGUGAGUAAGGUGGAUGAAGAGGAGAGGAGGAGGAUGGAGCAGCAGAAGCAGGAGAGAGAACAGGAGGAGCUGAACGAUGCUGUGGGAUUCUCCAGAGUCGUUCACGCGAUUUCUAAAUCCGGGAAGCUGGUGGUGGGCCAUAACAUGCUGCUGGAUGUGAUGCACACCAUCCAUCAGUUCUACUGCCCCCUACCUGAGGAGUUGGAGGAUUUUAAGGAGGUGACGAUGUGUGUGUUUCCCAGGCUUUUGGAUACAAAGCUGAUGGCGUCAACACAGCCGUUUAAGGAUCUGAUUACGAACACGUCUCUGGCGGAGUUGGAGAAGCAGCUGAAGGAGAAACCGUUUAAAGCUCCGAAAGUCGAUUGUUGUGAGGGGUUCCAGUGUUACGAUACUGCAUCUGAGCAGCUUCAUGAAGCCGGAUACGACGCCUACAUCACCGGACUCUGCUUCAUCUCCAUGGCCAAUUACCUGGGAACCUUCCUCACCCCGCCCAAACCUCACAUCUCCGCUCGCUCCAAACUCAUAGAACCCUUCUACAACAAAUUGUUCCUCAUGAGGGUUAUUGAUAUCCCGUACCUGAACAUCAGUGGACCAGACUUGCAGCCGAAGAGAGAUCACGUUCUGUACGUUACGUUUCCGAAAGAGUGGAAGACCAGCGACCUCUACCAGCUCUUCAGCGCUUUCGGUAAUAUUCAGGUGUCCUGGAUUGACGACACGUCUGCGUUCGUUUCCCUCAGUCAGGUGGAGCAGGUGCAGAUCGCGAUGAACACGAGUCAGUAUGCGGAGAGCUACCGGAUCCAGACCUACGCCGAGUACAUGCAGUCCAAACACAAACACACCCACACCAACAGGAAGUGGGGGGAGGACGGCUGGGCCAACACCUCCUACAGGUCGGUGACUGGAAAGAGAAGCAUCAGCCCCACUCAGGAAGAUCAAAGCUCUGAUUUCAGCGGUGUUGCUGAUAGCAACUGGAGUCACUAUUCAAAGAAGAUCAAAACAGAUGCAGGGGCAAGUGGUGGCGGUGUGCAGACGUACGCUGAAGCCGUAGACUCGACGACGGGCAGUUGGCUUAAAGCUCAGCCAGAAAAAGGCGCAGCAAGCCAGGAAGCAUCGGGGUCCGAGGAAGCAGAUGCCUGGCCAAAGCUCCCGACCAAUCAGAAUCAAGGUUCUCAGCCCACGUCUACAGGACUCUUUGACGUCCCUCAAGUUUGGUAGCAGUAGCCAAUCGGCGGUUUCCUUCUGGGAGCCAAUUAGAGGAGACCGUCUGAGACCACACCUACCUAUCCUACAGCCAAUCAGAAGAGACUGUGACGGACUGCACUUGUACACAAAACCCAAAGCCAUACGGCCCUGUGGCAUCGCAACAUAACAUACACACUCUCUUAUUCUGUUGACUUGCACAGCGUCCCACUGCAUGAGGGAUCACAGGGACAUCGUAAGAAAGUUUGUAAGCAGUGCGUAAUAAAUAAAUAAAUAAAUAAGCGUAUCCAGGUGCUGAAAGAAAUUUUGCCGCUUUAACGAUACACACAAACACAGUUUACGAUCUGCCAGCAAUUCAUUUUCUGACACGAGUGCGAGUGAACGAAGCAGAGCUGGGAAAUUAGCGUAAGUCGUUAGUGUACGUGACGUAAGUUAGUCUGAGUGUAUGCGGUGUGUUUUAAUGUGUCGUCAGUUUAAAAACGUAGUGUGUGUGUGCGAACGUGUCUUUCUUUUCGAGCUGGUCAUUAAAAUGAUUGAUUUAUGGUCAUCGCCAUGGUGAUGACUGUGAUUACGACGGUGAUUAUGACGACAGGUGUAUGAGACUGUCAGGUUAAUAACUUUUAAAUGUGGUUAGGUUACUGGGGAUUUUGUUUUUUUUCCUUUUUCGUUUCUUUUUGUUUUUUCCCGUAGGAUGAUCCCGUUAGCGUAGCUUAACCUAACCCCGCUCUCUUUUAGCCAACGCAGACACUUAGAACAUCUCUAUUUAUUCCCCACUGUAAGAGAUGAUUUUUCUUUAUAUUUUGUAUGUAAAUGUAGUUUGUGUAUGUAUGUCUGUCUUUGUUUGUGCCACUCAGCAGAUGAGCUGCAGGUUAAAAAAAUGUGGAAUGUUUAUCAGAAGAACAUCAACAGGAAAUAUGUAUAAUUUCUUUUUGUAUGAUUGUCCUCUUUCAGAGGGGAGAAAAUAUUAAAGAAUGUUUCUUAGUA